CACAUACGUAGUUGUCUAGUCACGUGAUCAAUGUAAUGUCAGUCAGUAUGGACAGUGUUGAACAUGGACAAUUUACUUGUAUUUUUUCAAUAAUUUCAUGUUUUCUAUUAUCAUUAAUAUAUGUAGCAAGUUUAUAUGUAUGGAAUUCACAACACGACAGGAAUCAUCCAUCGACAAUAAAAAGACGCUUCUUUAGCGUCUUAAUUAUGUCUUUUAUUUCACCAUUAUUUUUAUAUCUUUGUACUGCUGAACAUAUUCUAAAUAAAGUAAGUUUAUGGGAACUAUUAGGAUUAAGAUUAAAAGGAAUUGUAUGUGCAACAAUUAUUCCACUGUUAUUAACCAUGGUCUUAUUUAUGGGCCCACUUAGUAUGCAAGCAUACAGUGGAAUUUGGAAGUUAUAUGCAGAGCCAGUAUAUUGGUGGAGUAAUAUUCGUAAUGUUAUUUGGUUACGAAGUCAUGUUGUUGCACCACUUUCAGAAGAAUUCACAUUUCGUGCUUGCAUGCUUCCGUUACUUUUACCAUGCUUUCGACCGAUGACAGCAAUUUUUAUUGGUCCCUUGUUUUUUGGUGUCGCCCAUUUCCAUCACAUGAUUGAGAGAAUUAAGACUGGUAUUGACUUCAAAACUGCCUUAUUAGUUUCCUGUUUUCAAUUUUCUUAUACAACAAUUUUUGGUGCGUAUGCAGCUUACUUAUUUUUAAAGACGGGCCAUUUUAUUGCACCAUUUAUUGCACACGCCUUUUGUAAUCAUAUGGGUUUCCCUGAUUUUACUGAACUGAAUUCCUAUAAACCAAAACAAAGGGCAAUUGUUAUAUCAUUAUUUAUUGUUGGUUUAUUAAGUUGGUGUUAUCUGUUAACCCCGUUAACCAACCCAGUUAUAUACAGCAACGAUAUUUAUACAAAAUUAGUAAAUUGUUGACAGAACCAAAAUGGAACCUAUUAAUUAGUUUUAUUAAAAUAACAAUAGCUUAAACUGGGUUCAGAUGACGAGAAUUAUAGCGUGACACACCCCUUUAUUUCCAAUUGUACAGAUAGUCAAAUCGAAAAACACGACCAAGACAGUACAAAUCUAAUAAAAAACUUUCUAUCGAAACGGAUGUAAAUAUGAUUUAAUAACAGUAUUAAUUAUUUCUAGCGCUUUAAUUUUAUUUCUAGGCUUGUAGAUUUCCUGCAGUAUUGAGAUACUUUUCUAAAAAUUAAUUUCGGUUUGUUUUUUAAAGUUGUAUGCACGUUUAUAAUGUUUAAAUUUGUUGCACGUUUUUUGUUUUAGAAAGACAAGGAAACAAUUUUUUUAUUUAAUAGCAAAUAAAGGAAUUAAUUCUAUUAACUAUCUAUAAGGUUAUCAGAUAUACAUUUAAACGGACAUGUCAGGCAAUCUAGGAGCGAUUCCGAAUACUUCCAGUAUCAUACCAUAUCAUACGUUCGAUUCUGAUUAUCGAACUGUGAUUUUUUAAAUUUGCCAUCGAAAAAUAAACUUAAAAAGAGACUUAUUUUAAGAUUAAAAAAAAUAUCGUAGUAAUAGAAACUUUAUCUAUAACUACAUUUAGUGUAUUAACAUUCAGUCGCGUUUAAAAUACUGAGUUUCAAGUAUUGCGCUAUAUUACCCGUUAUCUGAACCUAGUUAAAGGGAGUAUCUACAGUCUCAGGCCUUUUUUCGCAAAUGGGAAAAAUUUUUAUUUCCUUCUGCUUUCCUUAUUUGCUUCACAGGUUUAAAAU